UGAUUUUAGUGUUGCAGGGGAGAGAUUACAGCUCCUCAAAAUCACAGGUUGCAGCCACUCUUAAAUUCUAAACAAAUACAAAAACCACUGGGGAGCGUAUGGAUGGAUGUUCUGCGUCAAGUCCUCACUAACCUGUGCCUAUGGAACGAAGCUAGCCCCUGUGGUAAUAAACAUUAGGUUGCCCUUCCCACCCUAUUCUCCAUUUGGAGCUUACUUUGGAAAAUAAGUUUAUAGUUGAUCUGAAAUGCAGAAGCAAGAUUCCUAUCGUCCUAUCAUUCGUCUCUUGUACCGUCUCUUGUAUCACUCUUCUCUUCCGCAUGGUCUCUUGCAGAACUAUUUUGACCCCCUGUUGAGACUAUGACGGGUCUGUCCUGUCCUCUGUCUACAGUGAAACCACGAUUCCUACCUGGCUACCCUUCUUAGGGAUGGACCUUGUGUUUACUUUGCAGUGGAAGAACUUGAUUUCUACUCCAGAUUGUCUUGAAAGGGACAUGUGACCAACCCGUAGCAGAAUCUUUCUCCUGCCCUGGCACCUUGGGAGGGCAGGAGCGUUGGGUUCUCUGUGGUUCCAGACAUUGGCAAGGGACCAUGAGACUGGCAGGUCCACUUCGUGUCGUGGUGAUCAUCUUGACAGCUGGCCUGACCUGGAUCCUCGUCAGCAUCUUGUUGGGUACCCAGAGUGGCUUUUCUCGCCUGCAGCAGCUCCUCAACAAUCCCGAGAGUCCUCCCAGCGCAGAGCCCAGGCCCAAAAAAUUCAAGUGCGGGCUGUCCCAAGCCUGUCCAGACCAGACCUUUGCCUUCAGGAUCACCAGUGGGGCAGCGAAUGUCAUUGGGCCCAAGAUCUGCCUGGAGGAUAAGAUGCUAAUGAGCAGCCUGAAGGACAAUGUGGGCCGAGGCCUGAACAUCGCACUCGUCAACGGAGUGAAUGGGGAGCUUCUGGAUGCCAAGUUCUUUGACAUGUGGGCAGGAGAUGUGACCGAGUUGUUAAAAUUCAUCCGGCCGCUGCAUGAGGGGACGCUGGUAUUCGUGGCUUCGUAUGACGACCCUGCCACCAAAAUGAAUGAUGAAACCCGCAAAAUCUUCACCGAACUGGGCAGCAGCGUCGCUAAGGACCUGGCCUUUCGGGACAGCUGGGUCUUUGUGGGUGCCAAAGGGGUGCAGGACAAGAGCCCCUUUGAGCAGCAUGUCAAGAACAGCAAGAGCUCCAACAAGUAUGAGGGCUGGCCUGAAGCACUUGAGAUGGAAGGCUGCAUCCCCCAGCGAACGGCUGACGUCCAUUGAAGGCUUCCCUUCUUGGAGGCCGCAGGGUCUCUGCCUGUGUGGUGCAGGGGGAAAGGUAUCCUGGCUGUCCACGGGGUGUCUCCCCAAACAGUUUCAGCAGUCCACACUCCUCCUCUGGGGCAGCCUCUUCAGGCAAUCUAGUUUUCCUUUCCAAAGGGUGUACCUAAACAGAUCCUUGCGAAGGAAGGUUUGUACCUCUGGACCAGCCCCCAAGCUUCCCCUAGUGCCUUAUUUCUCUCCUGGGCAAAGGAGGUUCCCUACUGUUAUGGAUUCCAGGAGGAAGUCUGUGCCCUCUGCUGACUGCUGGCUGAGGAGCUGUGCUCUGGGGUAAUGCAUGGCUGCCCUUCUUCCCCUUCGCAGUCUGCUAAAGGGACCGGUUAGGUUUUGAUGUAGUCCUCUGGACUUGUUAAUGCCUCCCUGACUAGAACGUUCCUCUUUUCAGGGCAGUCAGUUUCUUGGUUUGGUACUUUUGAAAGAUGCCUUGUUGCUGUUCCUUGAAAGGCAGUGUUGGUACUUUGCAUUGAGAAGGAAAGAGAUCUCUUGGUUCAUUGCUGUUCAUAGUAGAGGUAAUCAAAACUGGAUUAUCUUUGUAAAAAACUAAACAUUGUUGCUAAAUGGCUUCUCUCAAUAAACAAUGGACAGAG